AUGCACACUGCAGAACAAACAUACAACUGUCUGUCUCGUGAGCUCCUGCAGUCAACUGCAGGGUUCUUUUUACCCGUGACCACCCUGGUCAGCUUUUCUCUUCUCGGUCUCAUCUUCAUCCACCGGUAUAUCAAAUAUCGUCGUCGGAGACAAACAAACAUCAUUCCUACAUCUGGAUUCAACCAAGAGAAAGUCCAAGACUUCUGGCUCCAGUCUAUCAUGGAGAAAGGAAAUAUCGUCCCAUCGGCCUCGCGCCCUCCAUCUGCUUGCGAUAUCCUGCAACCUUUAUCGCAUACCUGCCUCCUGCCAAGCAGUGGAGCCCUCGCGGCGCAGGCUAGAGAGCAGCAAAGUGGGAGAUUAGCGGCGACAGCGAGUAGUCCUACAUCUUUAGAGGCUUCUUCUGAUGCGGGCGAAGAGGUGCAAAAGCGCAACGAAACGAUCCAGCAAAUGUGCGAUGAGGAUGAUGAGGGAGUGCGGAGUUGGAAGCGCGUUGUUGUGGAGUAUAGGUAG